AUGAUCUCCGCUGUAGUCCUUUUUCUCUCCGCCAUCACUGUGUCCAAUGCUUGUGUCCCUACAGGAACCACAACAACCACAACUCCAUGUUGUACGAUGCUCUCUUCAAAUGUUCUUCCUCGAAGACCACCUUCUUUAACCACUCAACAACAGUGUUCCGUCCUUCAAAGAGUCUCUUCCACAUGCCCAAUUGACGGAAUUGUAGUUUGUGAUGCUGCUCAAGAGACGAAUCCAACUGCUAUUCUCGUCCAAUUUUUCAAUGAUGCUGGUGUUGUUGUGCUUCUCGAACAACAACUGGUAGUCCGGCUACCAGUCUCAGCGUCAGGGUCGUUUGUGUCAACGGGGUGUGGAGAGCAGCUACUGCUACUGGAGGGACCACUACUGUUCCAAUCGCUUCAGUUUCUUGCUCGCAGAGUGGAUCGACAGGAACCGACAGAGGAUAUGUGA